GUCCUGAGUACCUGGCCAGAGCUACUGAGUUGCGAUGUUGCAACUCCCCUUGCUUCAUGCAUUCCGGCCCCUCCAGAGAUGCGGUCAGCUGUUUCAGGUGGCUCUUCGGGCCCAGCAUGGAGAGGCAACCAAAGCCCAGGCUGGAGAGGCCUCCAGAGGCUGGACAGGCCAGGAAAGCCUGUCAGACAGUGACCCUGAGAUGCGGGCACUCCUACAGAAGGAGAAGGAUAGACAGUGUCGGGGCCUAGAGCUCGUUGCCUCCGAGAACUUCUGUAGCCCAGCAGCCCUGGAGGCUUUGGGAUCCUGUCUAAACAACAAGUAUUCAGAGGGCUACCCUGGCAAGAGGUACUAUGGGGGAGCAGAGGUGGUGGAUGAGAUUGAGCUGUUAUGCCAGCAACGUGCCUUGGAGGCCUUCGACCUUGACCCUGACAGAUGGGGAGUCAAUGUCCAGCCGUAUUCAGGGUCUCCAGCCAAUCUGGCUGCCUAUACAGCUGUCCUCCAGCCCCACGACAGGAUCAUGGGUCUGGAUCUGCCUGAUGGAGGCCACCUGACUCAUGGUUACAUGUCUAAUGUCAAGCGGAUCUCAGCCACAUCCAUCUUCUUUGAGUCAAUGCCAUAUAAACUGAAUCCUUCAACUGGCCUCAUUGACUACGACCAGCUGGCCGUCACUGCCCGACUGUUCCGGCCACUUAUCAUCGUGGGCACCAGUGCCUACGCUCGUCUCAUUGAUUAUGCCCGAAUGAGGGAGGUGUGUGACGAGGUCAAAGCCUAUCUGCUGGCUGACAUGGCACACAUCAGUGGCCUGGUGGCUGCCAAGGUCAUUCCUUCUCCUUUCGACCACGCAGAUAUCGUCACAACCACCACCCACAAGACCUUGCGUGGGGCCAGGUCAGGACUCAUUUUCUUUCGUAAAGGGGUACAGUCUGUGGACCCCAAAACUGGGCGAGAGAUCCCCUACACAUUUGAGGACCGAAUCAACUUUGCUGUGUUCCCCUCCCUGCAGGGCGGGCCCCAUAACCACGCCAUCGAAGCUGUGGCUGUGGCCCUCAAGCAGGCCAACACCCCAAUGUUCCGGGAGUACUCCCAGCAGGUCCUUCGGAAUGCCUGAGCCAUGGCGGAUGCACUUCUCCAGAAGGGCUCCUCCUUGGUGUCUGGCGGCACUGACAAUUACUUAGUUCUCGUCGACCUUCGGCCCAAAGGGCUGGAUGGAGCUAGGGCCGAGCGAGUUCUAGAACUUGUGUCUAUCACUGCCAACAAGAACACCUGUCCAGGGGACCGGAGCGCCGUCACUCCAGGGGGACUCAGACUCGGGGCCCCGGCUCUAACAUCCCGGCACUUUCGAGAAGAUGACUUCCGGAGGGUUGUGAACUUUAUCGAUGAGGGUGUUCACAUUGGACUGGAUGUGAAGAACAAGACAGGGAAGCUCCAAGAUUUCAAAUCCUUUCUCCUGAAUGAUCCCGAAACAAGACAGCGCCUGGCCAGUCUCAGGCAAAGAGUGGAAGAUUUUGCCAGGACCUUUCCCAUGCCUGGCUUUGAGGAGCACUAAGAGGCCAUGCU